GGACAGGUGUGAGGUAGAUUGAAUUGGACAAGUUGAAGGAGGAUUUUUAAAGUUGAAAAUAUGUGUUUUGGAAGGUGUGCUAGAUGUGUUGGUUAUAAGUUGCUCAUCCUUGCUCUCCUCUGCAUUGUGGCAAACACUUUACUUUAUUUUCCCAAUGGCGAAACAAGAUUUGCUUCAGAGCAUCACCUCAGCAAAUACGUGGAGUGCCUUCAUGGCAUUCUAGGUGGAGGCUUUCUGGUACUCAUUCCAGCUGCAGUGUUCAUUGGGCUUCACAAUGAUGACUGCUGUGGGUGCUUUGGCCAUGAGGGCUGUGGAAAGAGCUGUGCGAUGCUGUCCUCAGUUCUGGCAGCCUUUGUUGGGAUCCUUGGCUCAGGAUACUGUAUAAUCAUUUCAGCACUGGGCUUGUCUCAAGGACCGUAUUGUCUUACCCGCCUAGAAAGAAACUGGAUCUAUCCUUUCACUGACUCAUCUGGAGGGUACUUGUUUGAGUAUAACAAGUGGUCUGAAUGUCAGGAACCUCAAAACAUCGUGCAGUGGAAUGUCACCCUCUUUUCCAUCCUCCUUGUUUUGGGAGGAAUAGAAUUCAUUCUGUGCUUCAUACAGAUAAUCAAUGGCAUUCUUGGAGGACUGUGUGGGCUGUGCUGCAGUCAUGAGGAGACAUAUGUUUGCUAG